CAGGCUGCUCGCACCUUUCUUGUCCCUGCUACCAUGGAGAUGUAAGGACGCUUUACCCGGCUGCUGCCUACAAUUCCCUCACAAGCCACGUCUUGGACUGCAGCAGCUCACCUAUAGGAGCCAGGCUUUCUGUAUACAGGAGUGGCCUCCCUUGCUUGGGGUGAGCAGCCAUGGGGGCAAGGUUGUGGUUUAAGCUCUAAUAUGGCAGAAGAAUGGGACAGGAGGAAAUUGAUUGUCAGUCGCUAUCACAUGAGGGACGUGCAACACAAAAUAGAUUCCGAGUAUCAGGCUGAUCUGCGCAGGCAGGAAAGGCAGCGAGAGCAGGCUGAGCAAGUAAGGCUGACAAGUCCUCACACUUACCAUACUGUCGCCUCCAUAUACUCCACUCGCGCUUAUAAGAAACCAUGGCAGUCGGGAAUGACCUCAAAGGUGACCAAUGGGAGAUCUGUACAGGGUGGACAAAACAGAAAGCAACCAGACCGAAAAGCUUUGUCCAAACUACCUGCUAUCAACAAGGACGAAAGGAAUGUGAGGAAUAUACAGCCAAAGAUCGGAAUGCAAAAGGAGAGACUAAAGCGACCGCAGUUUCUUCCACGUCUGAGUAUGACAGAAAGAAGAGGACAAUCACAGGGAAAAGCUGGAAAGCUGUCAACUGACCAGAAAAAUAUGUCCCCCCCUUCCAGAGUUGCUCCUCCAGGUGACGCUGGGAAAUUAAGGAAAAGGGUAAAUGUGAAAUCCAGUAGAAGACAGUUUAGUAUAAAUCCAGAAAGCUAUGAAAAUAUAGAUACAGCUUUGAAAAAAGAACGAAGAUCACUGCAAGAGGAUACCACUUCUUUACAUGGCUUAGGAGCAAGAUCUCCUGUGGAACCAAGUAGAGGAACUACUAUCACAUCUACUAGGCUUGCCAUUGACUCUUCUGAUAGACUGCAGGGACCUGCUAACCAGAAUCCAAACAGAAAUGAGGAAUUGGUAAUGCAGGAAAAUUUAAAUGGAGAGAACCUGCCAUCUGUCCCAGAAGUGCCUCCGAUUCAUUUAGAAAGGUAUGUCGGGUCUAGAAGGGCCCAGAUGAGUAACACAUCAGAUGAGCAUAAUGAAGAAAUGAGAAGAGCAGGAUCAUUAAAUGUAUGGACAACCCAUUACCCUCUCAUGAAUGCCCAUCUUCAAGACUCAGAAGAGGAGGCCAGCAUUGCAAGUGAGAUUAGUGAUCACUCUUUGGAGAACAUUGUUGGAAGCAGCUGGUACUCUAUGAGAAACAUCAGAGAAGGGACACCUAUUGGCAGCAGGUUAAGACACAACAUCAUUUCAGGCCAAACAUCUCCUACAGGACCCCAAGACAUUAUUAGAACAACAUCAGGAGUUACCGAUAUGUCUCCAAGUAACUCUCUGUCCACAUCUGAGGACUCAUUGGAAGAGGAUGAAUGGCCAGGUGUCCAUGCAGUAGAGGUUCAACAUCUAGAGGGUAUCAGGGAGCCUUUACCAAGGGAACCAGAAGGAAUAAACCAUCAGGGUGCUCUUACACCAGCAGUUACAAAUAACAUUAGUCAUGACCCACCCCUCUCAACCUCUAGAUCUUCUCCAGAAGGCAGAGAACAGUCUUUACCACUUAAUGAUCCUUUUUACAUUCUGCCCUUCUUUGCCCCCCUUGGGCUUACUCCCACACCUACGGCACCCAACAUACAAACUCUUCAGGAAAACCUUGACUUAAUAGCCACCACCCUGCCCCCAAUAAGACAUCGUAGAAGAACUGUAGGGCGAACAACUGCCAUAGAAGAGAAAAAAGUGGCUGAAAAACCAAAGGCUGACCCAGAGAGGCUCAGGAAGAUACAGGAGAGCCUAUUGCAGGAAGACUUAGAGGAGGACGGAGACACCUGCCGCAUUUGCCUCACCAGAGGGGACACCGCAGACAACCAUCUUGUAUCACCCUGCCAGUGCACUGGGAGCUUGAAAUAUGUACACCAGGAAUGUCUAAAAAGAUGGCUGAUCUCCAAGAUCCAAUCAGGCGCUGAGUUGGAUGCGGUGAAAACCUGUGAGAUGUGCAGGCAGAAUGUAGAGCCGGCCAUCGAGGGCUUUGAUAUCCAUGAGCAGUACAGACAACAUCACAGAUCAGAGCGGAGCACAAUGCACCCUAGUUUGUACCUGGUGCUCCUACUCCAUCUCUACCAGCAGAGGUAUGAGGAACUGCUGCGACUUACUCGCACACGGAACCAAGUGUCAGAGAUCUCAAGACGUCUGUCCCACCUCAGGACGGGAAGAACAGAGAACUCGAGUGACUCUGCACAGGAUUCUUAGUUUCCCAUGCCAGUCAGAGAGUGUGGGAACAGAUGUUCAGAACCGGAGCCAUGUCUUCUCCCAUAAGCUUGCUUGGCACCAGCAAAUGGCCUCUCGCUCUCCUGUGUACUAAGAUGGGCAAGUUGCAGCAGCCUUAACGGGUCUAUUGUGUAAUAUAUACAUACACAUGGCCUCCCUCCGGGAACUACAAAACUGUCCCAUUCACUUUAUAAUAAAUCCCUCUCUAUACUAUUUCAA